AUGUUUGAUACUCAAUCUCAUAAUCAACCCUCAUCAUCUUCCUUAACCAUAAAUCCUCCUUCUCCUCCUCUUAGAGAAGUUCUUCCUCUCAUUAAUAAAUUAAGUCUCAUAAAUCAUAAUCAUCAACAACAACAAAAUGAACCCUCAAACACAACAAUAGAACAAGAAGAAUACAAAAGAGUAUUGGAAAGGCAUGGUGAUGAUGAUGUUGGUGAUGAAAGUGUUACUCUUUCCCUACAAAUAGGGCUUCCUAGAAUGAAUAGUAGUUUUUCUUCUGAUUUUGGAUCAAAGAUGGUCUCAAAUUGUAUAGAAAUUGUUGAAAAAGAAGAAACUAAUAUGAUUUCUGAAAACCUUUUAGAUAAAUUGAACAAGGGUCAGUAUUGGAUUCGAACACCUUCUCAAAUUCUAAUUGGUGCUACACAGUUCUCAUGCCCUGUGUGUUAG